AUGCAGGCGGCUGUCUCAUUGAGUGCAAGACUCAGUGAUUCGUCGCUUGACCAGCGAUAUCUGGUAGAAGAUCAUCCAGACAAUCACAAAAAGAGAGUACGAUUCGAUUUAACAGCAGUAGAUAACGAAUACAAGAUGAGAUCCAGACAAAAAAGAGCAUCAUCAAAAGCCAUUGCAGCAUUUCCACCAAAGACCGAGACAUUUCCCUUGUCAUGGUCUUCAGGAGGCGUGACAGCACCAAACGAUUCAAGAAAAAUACAGGAACCUACUGCAUGGUCGUUCGAAACCGACUUUUGUCCUCAAGAGACCAGAAGGCAUUAUCAGGACACUGAGAUCCAGUACUCUGCUCAGCCACCAUGGACCUUCUACCCCCUAACUCAAACUCGGGCUCGAGCAUCACUGCCCCGCAUUGCAGCUGGAGAUUCCGAGAUGACAAGCAAAUCGACAAACUGGAUUUCGGCCAGGAGAUCAGCCAACUCUGCUGCAAAGAGAGACAAGGCUCCACGUGGGAAGAGUACAUCCCAUGUCCCUCCAAAGGUUCCGGAUGCUCCGUCAAGGCAAAGCCAGAGACCGCCAUCAGCUCCCAGGCCGUCGCGAAUUCCAACUCCGGAUCUAAUGGAUAUUGGAGGUGAAAUGUUCUGUGAUUGCGACGUAAAUGUGUAUGGGAGAUUUCAUGUCUCUGCGGGAAUGAAUUCGCUGGCCAAAAUGGAUGCUCAGUUGCAAGCUGCAGAAGCCCACAUGAAACACGAAGCGUGA